GAGGAGGGGGUGGAGCUGCACUGCUUAUAAGGAGAGAAGUCAUUACAGCAGUGUUCUUCUGUACCCAUUUCCUCUCUUCCUCCACAGCUGCACUCUGAAUCAGCCACUUUUCCUCUGGGUUAGAUGAAAGCUACUUUUAAUUGAGUGCCGGAUGGAAGAGGUGAGAGAGACAGAAAGGAUAUAACUAUAUCAUUAGAAUACAGACCAAAUCUGUUGGGCUUACCUAAAAAAGGCAGAACUGCUGAGGACCUUAAUAAGCCUUAAGAUGUCCAAGAAGGACCGCGUGAAUGAACAGCAUAAGGGCACCAUCUGUGCAGUGGUGAAGGACCGCGUGAAUGAACAGCAUACGGGCACCAUCUGUGCAGUGGUGGUUGCAGUAGGUAUAGCUAUUGGACUUGGUGUGGGAUUAAACAGACCUGAGUCCUGCCAGACUUCAGGAGCCACACAGCAGCCAGCAACCACCAUCCCUGGGACAGAGGAGCUGCACUACUGCGCUCCCAAAAAUGUGAGUGGAGAAUGGACAGACUUCAGGCUACCCACUUACAUUAACCCAGUGCACUAUGAGCUGGAAAUAAAGCCCGAGAUGGAUGCAAAUAGUUACACAGGGACAGUCAACAUCUCUAUCAAGUUAGAUAAACCAACCCAGCAUUUGUGGCUUCACCUCCGAGAGACCAAGAUCACAGAGAUGCCCGUGCUCCGGAAAUCCUCCGGGCAGCAGAUUGCACUGAGAGAUUGCUUUAAAUAUGAACAACAUGAAUAUGUGGUGAUGGAGGCAGAAGAGAAGCUCUCUCCUACUGCUGCAAAUGACAACUAUGUACUCACCCUGAAGUUCAAAGGCUCGCUGAAUGGCUCCCUGGCUGGAUUUUACAGAACUACCUACACUGAGAAUGGAGUAACCAAGAGUAUAGCAGUUACUGAUCAUGAGCCAACAGAUGCACGGAGGACGUUUCCCUGCUUUGAUGAGCCCAACAAAAAGGCAACUUACACCAUAGUUAUCAUCCAUAAAGAACCAUACAAAACACUCUCAAACAUGCCAGUGGAGCAAACUGUUCAACUGGGUGAUGGCUGGAACAGGACAACUUUUCAGAAAUCUGUCCCAAUGAGCACAUAUUUGGUGUGCUUUGCUGUGCACCAGUUUGACUGGGUAGAAAGAAAGUCUGCCAGAGGAAUUCCUCUCAGGAUCUAUGCACAGCCACAGCAAAUACACACAGCAGAAUAUGCUGCAAAUGUUACCAAAGCUGUAUUUGACUUCUUUGAACGGUAUUUUGAUAUGAACUAUUCUCUUCCAAAAUUAGAUGAAAUAGCUAUUCCAGAUUUUAAUGCCGGUGCUAUGGAAAACUGGGGUCUGAUCACUUACAGAGAAACAAGCCUACUUUAUGAUCCCAAAGAAUCUGCUUCCUCCAACAAACAGAGAGUAGCAGUUGUGGUUGCCCAUGAACUCGUUCAUCAGUGGUUUGGAAACAUUGUGACCAUGGACUGGUGGGACGACUUGUGGCUAAAUGAAGGAUUUGCCAGUUUCUUUGAGUACCUUGGAGUAAAUGCUGCAGAAUCUGAUUGGCAAAUGCUUGAUCAGAUGUUAAUUUACGAUGUGCUGCCUGUGUUGAAGGACGACUCCUUGUUGUCUUCCCACCCUAUUGUGGUCAAUGUGUCAUCUCCAGCUGAAAUAUCAUCAGUAUUUGAUGGUAUAUCAUACAGCAAGGGAGCAUCAAUUCUCAGAAUGCUUGAAGACUGGAUUACACCAGCAAAUUUUCAAAAAGGAUGUCAGAACUACCUAAAGAAAUACCAUUUUCAGAAUGCAAAGACAGAUGAUUUCUGGGAAUCCCUGGCACAGGCAAGUGGAAAUCCAGUGAAGGAAGUGAUGGACACCUGGACUAGGCAGAUGGGAUACCCUGUAUUGAGUGUGCAAGCCAAUUCAAAGAUCACACAGAAACGUUUUCUGUUGGACCCCUCAGCAAAUCCUUCUGAACCACCCUCUGAACUUGGUUACACUUGGAAUAUCCCAGUGAAAUGGCAUGCUGGGAAUGAAACAGGUGUUGCAUUCUACAAUAAGUCAGGAUCUGCAGGAAUUACUGUAACACCUGGGAAUCCUGCUUCUUUACUGAAAAUAAAUCCAAACCACAUUGGAUUUUAUCGUGUAAAUUAUGAAACACAAAUUUGGAACGACAUAACCAAGAAUCUGCUUAACAAUCACAAGUUUUUUUCUUCCACCGAUCGUGUUGGGCUGUUGGAUGAUGUGUUUUCUUUGGCAAGGGCUGAAUUUCUGGAUUACUCUGUUUCAUUGAAUCUAACAAAAUAUUUACAAAAUGAAGAGGACUAUUUACCUUGGAACGGUGUUAUAACAGCUGUAUCUUACCUCAGAGAGAUGCUUACAGAUGAUACAGAGCUUUACCCCAAGUUUAAGGCAUACUUUCGCAGUUUGGUUAAACCCAUUGCUAGUAAGCUUGGUUGGAAUGAUGAUGAAACUGGAAGCCAUGUGACAAGGCUUCUUCGUGCAGCUGUUUUAGAAUUUGCAUGCCGUAUGGACGACACAGAUGCUUUAAACAAUGCAUCUACCUUAUUUUAUUCCUGGUUAAAUGGAGCAAGUCUACCUGUAAAUCUCCGGCUCUUGGUUUAUCGCUAUGGGAUGCAGAACUCUGGAAAUGAGACAUCAUGGAACUACAUGUUUCAGAAAUAUCAAAGCACUCCAUUAGCUCAAGAGAAAGAAAAGUUGCUUUAUGGUCUGGCAUCAGUGAAGAACAUCACGCUUCUGGACAGGUAUCUAAAGUAUAUUUACAACACUAGUCUUAUUAAAAGUCAGGAUGCGUUCACUGUCCUGAAAUACAUCUCCUAUAACAGCUAUGGUAAAACCAUGGCUUGGGACUGGAUGCGACUCAACUGGGACUAUCUAGUCAAAAGAUACACUCUCAACAAUGCAUAUCUUGGUCGACUGGUAUCCAUAACCCAAACAUUCAACACUGACCUUCAGCUUUGGCAGAUGGAAAAUUUCUUUGAGAAAUACCCUAUUGCUGGAGCAGGAGAAGCACCCAGGAAACAAGCUCUCGAAACAGUGAAGACCAAUAUAGCAUGGCUAAAACAAAACAAGGGAGAGAUAGAAGCAUGGUUUAACUAAUUUGUGUUUGCUUCAAAGCUGCAAAUAUUUAAAAAUGUCCUAUCUUAUUUUUAUUCACUUACUAUUUCUUACAUGAAUAUUUGUGAGUGUUUACAAAUGCUGUCUCUGAAUUUUACAAUAUGCACUUAAAUACACAAAUAAAGUUAAGUACCCACUCAGAUAAAUAGGACUACAGUACAUGUAAGAGUAAAGUAGCUCAUGAAAUAAAUAAGCGUUUGUGUUUGUACCUCCCAACUACUGCUUUGAAAAAUGUACUCCUUAUUUAUGUAGAAAGCAAUCUGUUUAAGAAUAUUUAAAACACUCAGGGAUUCCCUACCCAGUGAAUUUUCCAGGUGGUCUAUUCUAAGCAAUAAUAUGAACUUGUUUAAAAAAACAUCAGGGCUGUCAAACAAUUAAAAAAUGUAAUCGCAAUUAAUCGUGUGCGCCUCCCCUUUGAAACGCUGUGGUGGCAUUUCAACAGGGCAGCACUGCACGGAGCUUGGGAUCAGCUGGAAUCUCCAGCUGGACCCCGGGCUUCAUGCAACGUUGCCCCUUGGAUGCACUGUGGUGACGUUUCCAAGGGACAGCUCAUUAGAAACCUAGGAUCAGCUGGGGACUCCAGCAGAUCUCCAGGUCCGCUGUUGCAAAGUCCCUUUGAAGUGCUGGGUUUCCUUGCACUGCCCCUCUGAAGUGCCGUUUUGCUGC